AUGAGCAAGUCUCAGCCAUAUAUACCACCCCUCAUCGGGUGGCUGUACGAUUUGACCCUGUGGACGUUUUCUGUGCUUAUCGACCUUUUCUUCCGCGAGGUACACCCUCGAGGAUCGUGGAAAAUUCCCCGCCGUGGUCCGAUUAUCAUUGUCGCUGCUCCUCAUGCGAACCAGUUCGUCGAUUCCCUAGUCCUGAUGCGCGUUAUCCGCAGCGAAGCCCACCGUCGCAUCUCAUGGCUUAUUGCUGAAAAGUCUUUCCGGCGCAAGUUUAUUGGCGUAUUGGCGCGUGGUAUUGGAACACUUCCUGUAGCUCGAGCUAUGGAUAACUUGAAAGCUGGACAGGGCACAGUGUAUCUUCCCGAUCCGGUCGACGAGCCCACCCUUUUGCGUGGCGUUGGUACGAAUUUUGAAGGCCCUGGUUUCGAGGUAGACGGAACAAUUGCACUGCCGACAAUCAACGGAACCUCCCACAGUGCAGCUAUUGCGGAGAUUCAUGGCCCUGAGGAACUAGUACUGAAGAAGGCCUUCAAGCACCGAGAUGCGCUGUUCCAGUUGACGGGAAGGAAAGACAUUGAUGACGAUGGCAACUUCACAGGAGAUGCUGCUAGCAAGACUUCAGACUUUAAGGGGUCAAAGUUUAAGGUUGCUCCGCACGUGGAUCAAACUGCAGUCUACAAGGCUGUGUUUGGACGACUGAAUGCCGGCGGCUGCGUCGGUAUUUUCCCCGAAGGUGGUAGUCAUGACCGCCCUUCACUAUUGCCACUAAAAGCUGGUGUUGCUCUGAUGGCCCUCGGUACCCUGGCAGACAAUCCAGAUUGUGGUCUGAAGAUAGUGCCCUGUGGCAUGAACUAUUUCCAUGCCCAUAAGUUCCGUUCCAGAGCUGUUAUUGAGUUUGGCAACCCGAUUGAAGUCCCCAGGGAGUUGGUAGAGCAAUUCAAGCAGGGCGAGCGUCGCGAAUCUGUUGGCAAGCUCUUGGACAUCAUCUAUCAAAGCCUCUUUGCCGUUACCGUUACCAGCCCAGAUUAUGAUACUCUCAUGGUUAUUCAAGCGGCUCGUCGUUUGUACAACACCAAGGGAAAGAAGCUUCCUCUUCCCAUGGUUGUGGAACUCAACCGUCGCCUUGUCAAAGGAUAUGCACACUUCAAAGACGAUCCACGCAUCGUAAGUAUGCGACAGUCUAUUGUGAGUUAUAACAAGCAGCUUCGUAUCCUUGGGAUUCGGGACCAUCAGGUCGCCUAUGCCAAAUUCUCUAUCAUACAGGUAAUUGCUACGUUGAUAUACCGCUUGGUGAAACUGGCUUUACUUGCUAUUGGUACUCUGCCUGGUCUCAUCCUCUUUGCCCCUGUAUUUGUCGCCACCAAAUAUCUAUCGAUCAAGAAGUCAAAGGAAGCUUUAGCUGCUUCUACUGUUAAGCUUCAAGGCCGGGAUGUCAUGGCUACUUGGAAGCUACUAAUUGCCCUUGCCUUCGCUCCGGCCGUAUAUGCGUCUUACACAACUGCAUUUACCUAUUGGACUUACCGUAACCGCAUUCAAGGCAUAGUGCCGGAAUGGGUGCCACUCUGGUUGGUGGUACUAAUUGCUAUGGUCGUGUUCCCUACCGUCACAUUUGCUGCUCUGCGUAUUGGCGAGGUAGGAAUGGAUAUCGUCAAGUCUCUUCGGCCGCUUGUCUUGUCCCUAAACCCGUCCUCUGCAAACACUUUGGUGAAACUUCGAGAGAGACGCGCAGCACUUGCUAUGCAGGUGACAGAGGCCAUCAACACGAUGGGUCCGGAACUUUUCCCCGACUUUGAUGCUGCUCGGAUCGUCACCGAUCCGAUUAGCGAAGUCAACCAUGGUGAUGAGACGCAAAUCAAGCCAUCUCGUGAUGAAGACCUGCGUGACGAGUCACCCUCUUUAGAUUCUCUGCCACGCAACGAGUCGUUCCACAACCUCGCCAAUAUUGGCUUCUUCUCCACUAGACCUCCUACCCGCAGCCAUAGUCGCAACAGCUCGGUGGGACCCCGCCCAGGCUCUCGGAAUCUGAAGCCGCUCAGCCCGCUCACCAGCAAGGAUUCCUUGGAGGAUGUCAGUUCACGCAUUCGGGAUGCGAUGCGCGAGCGUGGUGAGCGGCGUCGCCGACAGAGUGAGGAUGGAAGCUGGGAUAUGGCCAGUUCCGGCUCCCAUACACCUUCUAGUAGUGAUGAGUACCGAAAAGACCUAUGA